CGGCAAUGGUAAAUUCAACGUCGCCGGUCUGGAGGAGUUCGUGAAAGCGGUGAAGCUCACCCAGUGCGGUCUCUCCUAUACUGUGGUCGGGAUCAUGGGUCCGCAGAGCAGUGGAAAUGGAUCAUCAUCAAUGCAUCAAAAUGAAGUGCAGUAGAGAUGCAACAGUACUAAAGAAGUUCUUUGGAUGGGAGAAGACAUAUGAAUUUUUGGUUGGUCUAAAUGUGGAGUUUGAACUGGUUAGAGUGCAAGUCUUAGGCAAGGAAGAAUUGCCUACCUUGAACGAAACUAUUGCUAUCAUCCAAGUGGAAGGAAGAUGAGGAGUGAUAAUCAUAUCUCAACCAGUUGAAGGCUUGACUCUUGCUGCGAAAAAUUUGCUUUCAAAGAAUGGAAGAAACUUUGGAAUAGAGCAAUAAUUUGGAGGAAAUGAGAAUUUAGAUUCGUCAGAGCCAGGGAAUAGAAAUUUAUGGUGCACUUACUGCAAGAAGCCUUGUCAUACCAAGGAUAGGUGUUGGAAACUUCAUGUGAACCCAUCAAUGCAAAACUGGAACUCGAAUGCUGAAGGAAUGCAACAGAGAGGACAAGGGCAAGCCAACGUGACCAGUAUACCAUCCAAUGAUGAGGCAAAUUCUUAACUACAAGGAGAGUUCAAUAGAGAAACUAAGGAGCUUGUCGGAGACACUUGAAAAACCAUCAAGAGAAGGGAAGAGUACCUUGUUGAAUCAUCUUUUCCAUACCAAUUUCAGGGAAAUGGAUGCAUACAAGGGAAGGAGUCAAACAACUAAGGGAAUUUGGAUGGCAAAUUGUGUUGGUAUUGAGCCUUUAACAAUUGCCAUGGAUUUAGAGGGCACUGAUGGGAGGGAAAGAGGCGAGGAUGAUACUGCAUUUGAGAAACAAAGUGCCUUGUUUGCUUUGGCAAUAUCAGACAUUGUGCUGAUAAACAUGUGGUGCCAUGAUAUUGGUCGAGAGCAUGCUGCGAACAAACCUCUUCUGAAAACAGUUUUCCAGGUCAUGAUGCGCUUAUUUAGCCCACGCAAAACGACACUACUGUUUGUUAUACGUGAUAAAACAAAGACUCCACUUGAAUAUUUGGAACCUGUUCUAAGGGAAGACAUUCAAAAGAUAUGGGAUACAGUUUCUAAGCCCCAAGCACUCAAGGACACACCUCUUAGUGAAUUUUUCUAUGUGGAGGUCGUUGCUUUAUCCAGCUAUGAAGAGAAGGAGAAGCAGUUUAAAGAGCAGGUUGCUCAACUGAGGAAGCGAUUUUUCCAUUCUAUUGCUCCUGGAGGUCUUGCUGGUGAUAGACGGGGCGUUGUCCCUGGCUCAGGAUUUUGCUUCAGUGCACAGAAAAUAUGGCAAGUUAUAAGAGAAAACAAGGACCUUGACCUUCCCGCACACAAGGUAAUGGUUGCUACUGUUCGGUGUGAAGAGAUUGCCAAUGAGAAGCUCUCUGGUCUGGUCUGUGAUAAGGAUUUGGUGGCGUUGGAGAAUGCUGUUCAAGCUGGUCCAGUAUCAGGUUUUGGAAAACGGAUCAGCUCAAUCCUGGAAACCUAUCUUUCUGAAUAUGACAAGGAGACUAUCUACUUUGAUGAAAAAGUAAGAGAUGCAAAACGACUACAUUUGGAGAUAAAAGCAUUAAAUUGUGUUCAUCCUCAAUACUUGACCAUGUUGCGACAUCUACGUACUAUAGCACUUGAAAAUUUUAGGACUUGUCUGGAGCAAUCAUUGAACAGAGGAGAAGGGUUUACUACAUCUGUUCGUAGUUGUACUCAAUCUUGUAUGCUUGAGUUUGACCAAGAAUGUGCUGAUGCUUCUGUAAAGCAGGCUGAAUGGGAUGAUGAUUCAAAGGUCCGGGAAAAACUGCAUCGUGAUAUUGAGGCACAUUCAUCAUCUGUUCGGGGAAAAAAGUUGUCAGAAAUUGCAGUCAAUUAUGAGAAAAAACUUACACAGGCUCUGACUGAACCUGUGGAAUCCCUACUUGAAUUUGGUGGGAAAGACACCUGGCCUUCAAUAAGAGAACUUCUGAGACGUGAAACUGAAACUGCCAUAUCAGGGUUUUCAACUGCUGUUGCUGGUUUUGAGUUGGAUGAAGAAACGUUUAACAAAAUGAUGCAAAAUUUAAAAGAGUAUGCAAGAAUUGUGGUGGAGAAGAAAGCAAGAGAAGAAGCUGGGAAAGUUCUGAUCCUUAUGAAGGAUAGGUUCUCAACAGUCUUCAAUCAUGAUCAUGAUUCAAUGCCAAGGGUUUGGACAGGGAAGGAAAAUAUUAGAAUAAUCACAAAGGAUGCUUACUCUGCAUCUCUGAAACUUUUAUCUGUUAUGGCUGCAAUACGCUUGAAUGAGAAACCAGAUAAGAUCGAAAAUGUACUUUUUUCCUCUCUGAUGGAUGGGACAGUUAGUGUCCCUUUGUCCCAAGAUAAGAAAAUGGGCGCUUCCCCAGAUCCUCUUGCUUCAAGCACAUGGGAAGAGGUUCCUCCAAACAAAACACUGAUUACACCAGUGCAGUGCAAGUCUUUGUGGAGACAGUUCAAAGCAGAGACUGAGUAUAUUGUCACUCAAGCUAUUUCUGCACAGGAGGCUCACAAGCAAAGUAGCAACUGGUUACCUCCUCCAUGGGCAAUUGUUGCAAUGGUUGUCCUUGGCUUCAAUGAGUUUAUGCUCCUUCUAAAGAAUCCCCUCUAUCUCAUGGUCUUUUUUAUUAUAUUUUUACUCUCGAAAGCCUUAUGGGUACAAAUGGACCUCACAGGAGAAUUUCAUAAUGGCAAUCUGGCUGGACUUCUAGCCAUCUCAUCAAGGUUUCUUCCUACUGUCAUGAACCUUCUAAGGCGACUAGCUGAAGAGGCUCAAGGGAAUCCAACUCCACAACCACCAAGACCACCUCCACAUCUGGCUUAUCAGAGUUCUAGGCAUCACACACAGCAGUCAAAUCCAGCAUUCAGCUUGUUUCCUGAUUCAUCCGUAUCAUCAAAUAUUUCCUCCUCUGAUGGUGGUAUUGAACACUCAGAGCCCCAACCUGAUACAAAGGCGAAGUACAAAAGUUGAAGAGGUGGAAGUUUCUGGAUGAGAAACUUCAUUCUCUGGCUUAGUUAUUUUCUCAAAGUUCAUGUUCACAUCAAAUCUGUAUGCUUACCAUGGUUUAAAUUUAUGUUAUAUCUCAUACAAAUAAAUAAAUCAUUACAAAUAUUUCCUUC